AUGAAGACUCAAACCAUCGCUUCCGUUGGCCUUUUCGCCAAGCUGGCGCUUUCUCAAUCAGUCAUCAACUCCGGAAAUGGAUUUGGAACCUACUAUUACGACGUUAUUGAUAGGAAUGGCUGCGGCAACAACUUCGCCAACAUCAACACGGGAUUCGUUGAAUGCAACCAGGUUACCGGCUUGUCCCUGAACCAGAUCAACAGCAACAACGUUGUUGCCAUGAACCGCACCCUUCUUGCUUCAAACUUUGCCAAGUACUGCGGCAAGAAAGUUGUUGUCAGCUUCAAUGGUGUGCCAUCUAGCACGCCGUUCUUCAUCGGUGAUGGUUGUGAGCGCUGCGCUACUGGACCAUCUACCGCCAGCGUGUGGAACCCCAACGGUGCUCCUGGACUGGAUUUCAGCUUGAGCGGCCUUGAUGGAAUCAACUCCAACGGCUGCUUUGCUGGACACCUCGAUAUCUCUUGGCAGAUUUUGGACGAGACUCUCUACAACUUCGACACAAAUGCUCCCGGUCAGCCUAAUGGCCCGGUCAACGGCGGUGGAAGCAACCCUGGAAACGGCGGCGGUACUUGCAGCUGGGAAGGCCACUGCCAAGGCGCAACUUGCAGUACAGAUGAUGAUUGCUCCGACCCUUGGGGCUGCGUCAACGGCAUUUGCGGUGGCAGCUCAAGCGGUGGUUCUACUCCUCCUCCCACUACUUGCUCUUGGGAGGGUCACUGCAUUGGCGCUUCUUGCGGCUCUGAUGAUGACUGCUCCGACGACUUUACGUGCAAGAGUGGCAAGUGUGCCAAUCCCUAA